AUGGGUAUCUGCAGCUCCUCGUGCUGCGGAGGUCGAGCCCGCGAUGGCUUGUAUGAACCCGUCCUCGCCGAUAGCGAACGAGAGGCUGUAGCCGACCUUCUCCAGUAUCUCGAAAAUCGCGGCGAGACCGACUUUUUCUCUGGCGAACCUCUGCGUGCUCUGAGCACCUUGGUCUUUUCGGAAAACAUUGAUCUUCAACGAAGUGCUAGUUUGACUUUUGCUGAGAUUACUGAACGAGAUGUCCGAGAGGUUGACCGCGACACCCUUGAACCUAUUCUAUUCCUUCUCCAGAGCCCCGAUAUCGAAGUUCAGCGAGCUGCCAGUGCUGCACUCGGUAACCUGGCCGUUGACACCGAGAACAAGGUUCUCAUUGUGCAACUUGGCGGUCUAACACCUUUAAUCCGCCAGAUGAUGUCCCCCAAUGUCGAAGUCCAGUGCAAUGCUGUGGGAUGUAUCACGAAUUUGGCUACACAUGAGGAGAACAAGGCAAAGAUUGCUCGCUCCGGAGCUCUGGGUCCUCUGACAAGAUUGGCCAAAUCUCGGGAUAUGCGGGUUCAGCGGAAUGCUACUGGCGCUCUGCUGAACAUGACACAUUCUGAUGAGAACCGACAACAACUGGUAAAUGCUGGAGCGAUUCCCGUGCUUGUUCAGCUUCUUUCUUCUCCCGAUGUCGACGUUCAAUACUACUGCACCACAGCUCUCAGCAAUAUCGCUGUCGACGCGAGUAACCGACGAAAGCUGGCUCAAAGUGAACCCAAAUUGGUCCAAUCUCUUGUCAACCUCAUGGACUCGACUUCACCCAAGGUUCAAUGCCAAGCUGCCCUGGCUCUCCGCAACCUCGCUUCCGACGAAAAGUAUCAGCUUGAUAUCGUUCGUGCCAAUGGGCUUCACCCUCUUCUCCGACUCCUCCAAUCUUCUUAUCUACCGCUUAUCCUUUCUGCUGUCGCCUGUAUACGAAACAUCUCUAUCCACCCUCUUAACGAGUCACCAAUUAUCGAAACCAACUUCCUCAAGCCACUCGUCGACCUACUUGGAUCUACCGACAAUGAAGAGAUUCAGUGCCAUGCCAUCUCGACCCUUCGAAAUCUUGCCGCCAGUUCCGAUCGAAACAAAGCUCUUGUCCUGGAUGCCGGUGCCGUGCAAAAGUGCAAGCAAUUGGUUCUCGAUGUACCCAUCACUGUUCAGUCCGAGAUGACCGCUGCUAUUGCCGUUCUGGCCUUGAGUGACGAUCUCAAGUCUCAUCUCUUGAAUCUCGGAGUCUGUGGUGUUCUCAUUCCUCUCACCCAUUCGCCAAGCAUUGAAGUCCAAGGCAACAGUGCUGCUGCCCUGGGCAACCUUUCUUCUAAAGUUGGUGACUACUCAAUCUUUGUACAAAACUGGACCGAACCUCAAGGUGGAAUUCACGGAUACCUCUGCCGAUUCCUGCAGUCUGGUGAUGCUACCUUCCAGCACAUCGCCGUCUGGACCCUUCUCCAGCUCUUCGAGUCCGAAGACAAGACCCUUAUUGGCCUCAUUGGAAAGGCGGAGGACAUCAUCGAGCACAUCCGAAGCAUUGCAAAUCGACCAAUUGAAGCCGACAAUGAAUUCGAGGAUGAGGAUGAGGGUGAAGUUGUCAACCUAGCUCAACGUUGCCUGGAACUACUGGGACAGAGCAUGUCCAAGGCUCACAUCGAGGGCUAA